AUGCUCAGCCCAAAGAACGCACUUGCGACAAUGGCUUCAUCCUCUGCUGCCGACCGGGCGGUCAGAGACGCGCUCGAAGCCAAAUCUGUGCAAGAACUAUGGUACAUCUUAGCCAGUGUCAUAGGCCUACUUGCUUUUCUUCGAGUUGCGAGGGAUCUCGCAUCAAACGCCCCGACGGUCGGACGAGCGGAAACCGGAGAGCUCACAGAGAAAGGUGAUGCCGAGCAGCAAAGUAACUCGCCAACCGGGAAAAGCUCCCUUCGUCGUCUUCCAAACGCCAUCGUAGCGGCGUUCAAGAUAGUCGCCUUCCGAUGGUCGAUUCCUAUAGGCCCUCAAGCAACAAUGUCAGUUGCAGAGUUGACUUUCAUUUUGGGAUAUAUUACAGUGAUCUUUGUGCGCGAGUUCGUACAGACUCGCGAUCUGAGCCCGACAUUCUGGCAAGAUCGAGCAGCACACUUGGCGUCAUGUCAGGUCCCUCUCAUCAUAGCCCUUGCCGGCAAAAAUAACAUCAUAUCAUUCCUCACCGGGGUGAGCCACGAAAGGCUCAAUGUGCUCCACCGUGCCGCUGCACGUACAUGCUUCGUGCUCGCAUGGAUACAUGUCAUAUCUCGAACCUCGCGGGGUCUAGGAGCGCGUUCCGACUUCUCUCACAAUUGGAUGAUUGCCGGCGCCAUUGCGCUCGUUGCAUUUACGCUAGCGACAUUCAUAUCCUUCCGACCAAUCAGAAACGCCGCCUUCGAGUUCUUCCUCAUCUCCCACAUUAUUCUGAUUGCGAUCUUCGUAAUUUGUGGCUAUUUUCAUGCAAGAGAAGAAGGCUUUGGCGCGUACUUUUGGUCGGGACUUGUGGUUUGGGCAGCCGAUCGUGUCCUUCGCUUCUGCCGUAUCUUGUGGAAUAACCGAGGUGGAAACGCCACGAAGGCAACCGUCGAACUUCUUGCAGAAGAUACCACGCGCGUGACAAUACGUCGUCGAAUGAACUGGACGCCUGGUCAACACGCUUACCUCAUAUUCCCAACAGUCAGCAAAUUGCCGAGUGAGGCACAUCCGUUUACUAUUGCGAGCAUCCCGACGACCAUCGAAGGGACCAAUGAAAGAGAAUUGGUCUUCUUGAUUCGAGGACAGGGCGGAUUUACUCGACGACUUCAGCAGCAUGUGACCAGCUCUUCCUCCGAACCGGUGCCAGUAUACAUUGAUGGACCAUAUGGAAACCCACCCAAUCUUCAUGUAUUUUCCACUUGCAUCCUUAUCGCUGGUGGUUCAGGGGUUUCAUACACGCUCGGACUCUUCCAUGAUCUUGUUCGUAAUCACUCUGGCAGGAAAUCUUCUGUGCGCAGGGUGGUCUUCGUUUGGGCUGUUCGCGACGGUGCCCACCUAACUUGGAUAACGGAGAUAAUAACGAAAGCGUUGAACGUUGCUCCACCGUCCCUUUCUAUCGAGCCCCGUAUAUAUGUCACAGGACCUAAUUAUCCGAUCCCAAAGGUCCCAGCUCUUCAGUCAGAUGGUUCAACAAGGAGCUCUACUUCUUCGUUACCCUCCGACCUUACGUCCCAGGAUCUUCCGCAGUACUCGGCGCUCAAGUUGUCGCAUGGCCGGCCAAGUAUGAAGAAGCUCCUCCAAGACGAGAUAAAUUCGGCUUUGGGAUCAGUAUCGGUGGAUGUCGCUGGCCCCUCGGCACUAUCCCACUCUGUGCGCAGAGUUCUCGCGGACGUUCCAGCAUCACCGACUGCUGCCCUCAAAGGCACGCCAGACGUCACACUCCAUGUAGAGACCUUUGGGAUGGUGAAGACAUGA